AUGGUCAAAGUAAUAACAGACUCUCUUACAGCAUAUUGCUCAGAAGCCAGAGAUCUCUGGAAUGACUUAUUGCAACCCGUGGUGUUUGCCUACAACACCAGUGCAAACGUAACAACAGGUUACAGUCCAUACUUCAUCGUAUAUGGACGAUGUCCCAUCACAUGGAGCGACAUCCUCCAUGAACUUCCUUCCUCAACGUCAUUCACAUCCGACGACUUCGCGGACCAGUUCACCAUUGGUCUGAAAAAUAUCAUCAUUAACGUUGGCAAGGAGAUCGCCUCGAAAACUGCUCAAUACAAGAUGGGCUACGAUCUUCACAAUAAGGUAUGCCAAAAGGAUCUUUUCACUGGCGACCUAGUACUUUUGCACGACGACACAGUUCGUCCCAAACUCACAAACCAGUGGAAAGGCCCUUUUGUAAUUGAAGACAUCAAUCGCCCCAACAUCACAAUCACUAACCUUGUAGGUCGCCCAAUGCGACAAGCAGUCCAUAUUAACCGUUUGAAAUUGUAUUCUCCUCGUUCGAUGCCACUUGAUGCUUCUAAUACAAACACCACACCAUCAUUCGAACAAAAUAUAGAAACACCGAGUAGCAUCGAACAACCAAUAAUACGACGGUCUCAUCGCCAUCAGGAGAAACAACAACGGCAAAGCUCAGCAGACUAUUAUGAUUGA